UUCCCCUUUGGGGCGUUGGCGACUGCCGGCUGCUUGCUUCGGUUCAGUUGGGAGUAAACUAGCAAAGUUGCAAGAGUCAACAGUCAACUGUUGCCAGUGUUGGAUUAGUUAACAGCCACAGCACAAUCACAAGCACAAAAUAGAUAGUUGUACUUGUAGUUGUAUUUAUAAACACGUAUCAUUAUCAUACAAGCAUUGAGGUUACUUUCUUAUCUGACGAUAAGUGUGAGACUACCAAAUAUUUGGAACUUGUGGCUAUCCCCACCUAGUAUUUGUGUCCAGCUCUGCCAGUUUUAUUCGGUAGCUUCCAGCAGUGCGUGUGAUUUAAAGCGACUCGACUUCGAGCACAAUAAAAGCAAAAAAGGAAAAAAGAAAGCUAUAAAAUGUACCAAUACCAGCAAGGUGACAACAAUGGCGUCUAUGGAGACCCCGAGGCGGACAAGAGUUUCGCCUUUGACGAUCAAAGCAUUCGCAAAGGAUUCAUACGCAAGGUUUACCUCAUUCUGAUGACUCAACUGCUCAUCACCUUUGGCAUCGUUUGUGUGUUCACCUUCUCCAAGGGUUCUCAAGAAUGGGUUCAACGAAACCCAGCGAUCGUCUGGAUUGCUCUGGGCGUGCUAAUAGUAACCAUGAUCAGCAUGGCUUGCUGCGAGGCUCCACGUCGGAAAACACCGAUCAACUUCAUCUUUCUGUUCCUCUUCACGCUAGCUGAGGCCUUCCUGCUGGGCAUGAUUGCCGGUCAAUACGAGGCCAAGGAAGUGAUGAUGGCCGUGGGCAUCACGGCUGCCGUCAGCCUGGGAUUAACGCUGUUCGCCCUGCAGACCAAGUGGGAUUUUACAAUGUGCGGUGGUGUGUUGGUCGCCUGCCUGGUGGUCUUCAUUAUCUUUGGCAUCAUUGCCAUCAUUGUUCCCGGUGUGAUCAUUGGCCUCGUCUACGCCUCGCUGGGAGCAAUUCUCUUCUCCGUUUACCUGGUCUACGAUACCCAGCUGAUGAUGGGUGGCAAUCACAAGUAUUCCAUCAGUCCCGAGGAAUACGUCUUUGCCGCACUCAAUCUGUAUCUGGAUAUCGUCAACAUUUUCAUGUACAUCCUCACCAUCAUUGGGCUGUCGCGCAACUAAAUUAGUCUUCCAAUAGAUGCUAAGACUAGUCUAGUAUACGCUUAGUAAUAGCGUAGUCUGUAGAUCGUAGUCUGAAGGUGUCAAUUGUUGUCGCACCAUCUAGAAUAUUUAUUAUUAUAUAACCUAAACUGA